AUGGACGCAAAGCAAGUCAAGCGCGAGGAGAAGAUGCUCGCCAAGGAGGCUAAGAAGGACGACAAGCAGCUCAAAUCGGCUCAGAAGGAGUUCAACAAGGACAAAAAGAAGGAUUCUAAGCUCCUUAAGCAGCACGCCAAGGCCGAGAAACAGCAUCAGAAGGCAAUCGCUAAGGAGCACAAGCUCGCCGCCAAGCUUGAAAAGGCACAGACGAAGCACAACCAGUCCGUUCGAACCCUCGAGGAGAAGAAGCUCAAGGUGGACAGUGCCCAGAAGGCCAUUGCUGACCACAAGGCGAAGCUUCAGGGUAAGGAGUCCCAGCUUGCCGGUGCUCAGCAGCAAAAGGUGCAGGGUGAGCACGCUCGCGAGGCGAAGAAGGAGCAGCUCCACGGCUCGACGGCUACCAGCUCCGCCCCUGUCGCUGCCGCAGCUGCUCCCCAGCAGCACGUUGCCGGCACGACCAACACCCAGCCUACCCCGGUGACCAACCAGCCCGACUACCCGCCCACCACCACCGCUCAGCACCAGGCUCACCCCAACGCCGCCUUCCAGGCUCCCACCCAGAACGCUGGCUACGCUGCCCCCGCUCAGAACGCCGGCUACGGCGCCCCUGCCCAGCCCCAGCAGCAGGCUUACCACCUCGUCCCCGCCAACUAA